AUGACUCAAGUGCAGAGGAGGAGUCCUAAAGCUGUCGUGUCCAUAAGGCCUGAUACACAUGUGUUCAUUGGAGAGCGUGUUACUCUCAGAUGUGACGUACAGAAAGGAGGAAGCACUCACUGGACAUACAGAUGGUAUAAAAAUAAUAACAGACUCACAGACAACACAAUGCAGGAGUUCAUAAUCCAGUCUGUUAGAUACUCUGACAGUGGUGAUUACACCUGCAAAAGACAACACUGGAGUUUAUUUCAGAGGUCAGAGGUCAGUGAUGCUGUUACACUGACUGUAUCAGCAAAACCCAAACCGACUGUGAGAGUGAAUCCUCAGAGCUCCGUCUACACUGGAGACACCAUCACUCUGAGCUGUGAGCUGCAGCAGUCGACUGGAUGGGAGUUUCUCUGGUACAAAAAUAAUCAGCACUUACACUUACUAAGUGAACAAGCACACACACUUAAUGUGACAGUCGAUAAUGCAGGAGAAACAGUGUACCAGUGUCGCGCACACAAGAGAGACUACUACUACUACUACUACGACUACUACUACACAGAGUUCAGUGAUCCUGUCAAGAUUACAAUGAGAGCAAGACCUAAACCAGUGGCAUCCAUAAAUCCUGAUAAACAGGUGUUCAGUGGAGACGCCGUCACUCUGAGAUGUGACAUACAGGAUGAAAGUGUCUCUAGCUGGCAGUACAGCUGGUAUAAAGAUGCUUCACACAGUCGUGUCAGUAGUGAACAGGUGUACAGGAUCAGUGGGGUUGAAGUGACCCACACAGGUAACUACACCUGUAGAGGAGCAGAGAGAAGAGGCUCACGCUCCUCACACUUCAGUGAUGCUGUUACACUGACUGUAUCAGAGAGACCACGGGCAGCACUGAGUGUAUCUCCACAGAGCUGGCUGACUGAAGGAAACUCAGUGACUCUAAGCUGUGAGGUUACAGACUCCUCUACAGACUGGACAUUCAGCUGGUACACAACUGUUCCCUACAGAGACGGCUUAACUCAAAUAAAAAAUAAUCGUGGCUAUAUCAUGUAUGUGGAGCUCCUCUCAGACAGCAGCAGAGGAUCUGGAGGCAACUACACUCUCAGUCCUGCUGCUCUGAAUCACACAGGAGUUUAUAUGUGCAGAGGAGAGAGAGGAGAACCAGCCGUUCACACACAGUACAGCAAUCCACAGCCACUAUGGAUCACUGGACUCACGAGAUGGUUGAGGAUCUAUGUGCAGGAGGAUUUUAAGGGCCAGAAAGGUACAGCAGAUGGUGAUGUGAUCCUGGAGAGUCCUGUCCAUCCUGUGACUGAGGGACAUCCUCUGACUCUACACUGUUUAUAUCACAACACAAAUUCCUCAAACCUUCGAGCUGAUUUCUAUAAAGAUGGAGCAGUUCUCCAGACACAGACUACAGGAGAGAUGAUCAUCCGAACUGUCUCAAAGUCAGAUGAAGGUUUCUACCACUGUAAACACCCAGAGAGAGGAGAGUCACUGAAAAGCUGGCUCUCAGUCAGACUCUCAGGUUCUAGAUCUGGUGGUGGAACAGUAGGAGUGGCUGUGGGUUUGGGAUUUUUGUUCAUCGCUUUACUGAUCUUAAUGAUCCUGCUGUGGUCCUACAAAAGAAAAAAAGAAAAGCAGCAGAAAACCAAUCAGACAUCAGAGCAGAAUCAGAGCCGGUCAGGAGCUGAAGACUCUCAGUCAGGAUACACAACACUUCAGGCUGGUGAAGCUGCAGCUGAGAAUGAAGCCACUUACGCACAGGUCAUGAAGAAAAAGAAGACAAACAGGAUCAAUGGUGCUGAUGCUGAACCCAAUGUUAGUGAUGUGACUUAUGCUGAGCUUGAACUAAAACCAAUGAAAAAUGAAAAGAGAAUAAAAGAAAAGGCCAGUGUGGGUGAUGAUACUGUCUACUCAGAGGUGAAGCACAACAUGGAGAGGCCAUGCUACACCUCCAGCAGCCAGCAGAGGGCAGCAGUGGAGCACAGUGAAAGCAGCCAUUCAGGAGAACUCAGUUACCUGGAUCCAGUAACCUGGAUUAACUGCACCUGCCAGAGUGAGUGGUGGGUAAGACCUAAACCAGUGGCAUCCAUAAAUCCUGAUAAACAGGUGUUCAGUGGAGACGCCGUCACUCUGAGAUGUGACAUACAGGAUGAAGGUGUCUCUAGCUGGCAGUACAGCUGGUAUAAAGAUGCUUCACACAGUCCUGUCAGUAGUGAACAGGUGUACAGGAUCAGUGGUGUUGAAGUGACCCACGCAGGUAAAUACACCUGUAGAGGAGCAGAGAGAAGAGGCUCACGCUCCUCACACUUCAGUGAUGCUGUUACACUGACUGUAUCAGAGAGACCACGGGCAGCACUGAGUGUAUCUCCACAGAGCUGGCUGACUGAAGGAGACUCAGUGACUCUAAGCUGUGAGGUUACAGACUCCUCUACAGACUGGACAUUCAGCUGGUACACAACUGUUCCCUACAGAGACGGCUUAACUCAAAUAAAACAUAAUCGUGGCUAUAGCAUGUAUGUGGAGCUCCUCUCAGACAGCAGCAGAGGAUCUGGAGGCUCCUACACUCUCAGUCCUGCUGCUCUGAAUCACACAGGAGUUUAUAUGUGCAGAGGAGAGAGAGGAGAACCAGCCUUUCACACACAGUACAGCAAUCCACAGCCACUAUGGAUCACUGGUGAAUCUCCUCCAGUCUCUCUGAUCAUCAAUCCCAGCAGAACUCAACACUUUACUAAAGACUCUCUCUCACUGAGCUGUGAGGACCAGAGUAACUCUACUGGAUGGACAGUGAGACGAUACACACACAGUGAGGGAGUGUUAGAUUGUUUAUGGUGGGGAUUAGUUACAGGAUCUACAUGCAAAAUCAGCUUCCUCUCCACAUCCCACACUGGAGUUUACUGGUGUGAGUCUGAAUCAGGAGAAAACAGUAAUCCUGUCAACAUCACAGUGCAUGAUGGUGAUGUGAUCCUGGAGAGUCCUGUCCAUCCUGUGACUGAGGGACCUCCUCUGACUCUACGCUGUUUAUAUCGCAACACAAAUUCCUCAAACCUCCGAGCUGAUUUCUGUAAAGAUGGAUCAGUUCUCCAGACACAGACUACAGGAGAGAUGAUCAUCCAAACUGUCACAAAGUCAGAUGAAGGUUUCUACCACUGCAAACACCCAGAGAGAGGAGAGUCACUGAAAAGCUGGCUCUCAGUCAGACAUGAGAAACCUUGUUCUAGAUCCGGUGGUGGAACAGUAGGAGUGGCUGUGGGUUUGGGAUUUUUGUUCCUCGCUUUACUGAUCUUAAUGAUCCUGCUGUGGUCCUACAAAAGAAAAAAAGAUAUCCAGAAAACCAAUCAGACAUCAGAGCAGAAUCAGAGCAGGUCAGGAGCUGAAGACUAUCAGUCAGGAUACACACCACUUCAGGCUGGUGAAGCUGCAGCAGAGAGAGAAGCCACUUACGCACAGGUCAUGAAGAAAAAGAAGAGAAACAGGAACAAUGCUGGUCUUAGUGAUGCGAUUUAUGCUAAUCUUGAAAUAAAACCAAUGAAAAAAGCAAAGAGAAUAAAAGAAAAGGCCAGUGUGGGUGAUGAUACUGUCUACUCAUAACUGAAGCACAACACGGAGGUAAGACUCAUGACAUUUACAGUAUAA